AUGGACGUGAAGAAUAUGAGAAAUGAGUUCAUUCUCGAGGAAGAAAUCAACGUUUUUGAUGAAUACAAAUCGUACAUAAGUGAUAGUAACAACAACCCCAGAAACGAAAAAAAAGUGUCAAGGCACUCAAGUAAAAAUUAUAAUGAAGAGGAGGAAGAAGAGGACGAUGACAACAAACACAGGAAGGAGAAAACAAAUUCGCGCACUGUGCAGGAUGGCCAGCAGGGAGGGAAGCCAAGCCGAACGGGCCACUCAAAAAGGAAUGAUCAGGAAAAUGUCACAAAUGUCACAAAUGUCACCAAUGCGAAUGGUGCGGAAGGUGCGGAAGGUGCGGAAGCUGCCACCCACGCCAAUGACGAUGAUAGUAGUUUAAAGACCCGCGAAAGGAGAACUCCAUCGGGGAAGUGCCCAUCCGAAAACGCAGAAAAUAAAACUGUGUCAGUGAAGGACAAAAUGAGAGAAGACCCUUGUUAUGUCCCCAAGGAAGCAAGGUACUUCCUACACGAUAACAGAUUCGAAAAUAAUGAUAAUAAAGGUAAGAAAAAAGUUAGUGAAAAAAAAAAAACAGGAAACAAUAAAAUGACUUACAUAGAUGAAAAAAGGUGGAAGCAUGAUCUCUUUUAUGAUUAUAAAUACGAUGAAUAUUAUGGGAAGGAAAGAAAUCACAACAAAAAAUACAGCAAUGGUAUGUACAGCAAUGGCAUGUACAGCAAUGGCAUGUACAGCAAUGGUAUGUACAGUAAUGGAAUGUACAGUAAUGGAAUGUACAGUAAUGGUAUGUACAGUAAUAGGUAUUAUGGAGCCAAAAACAAUAAACAUGAAAAAAAUAGCUACUCUUUAUCCUAUAAAAAUAAUAGCAAGGAUAAUUACUACUAUGAUAAUAACAGGGGGAAAAACUCCAAAGUUUUUAACUAUAAUAAUAAGUACUAUGGUGAAUCUACCAAAGGGAAAAUACCCAAUGUGAAACGGGACAACAAAACAAACAGCUUCUAUGAGAAGAAGCAGUUGGAUUUGUGUACUGAUAAAGUAAAGGUGGGAAAGUUCAUCCAAAAGGAAGACUUAAGAAGGGAUGAAGGAGACGCAGGGGGAGGAGGUGGCGGUGGUAGAGAUGGUGGCGGAGGUAGAGAUGGUGGCGGGGGUAGAGAUGGUGGCCGUGCCCUCUCCAUUUUGGGUGCACACCCAGAUGAGGAGCCCUCCCUCGGAGCGGACGCUUAUGGGCAGAUGAACAAUUCGGAAAAGAAAACGAAGAAGCAGACGCUACUCAAGAGAUGUAAAAAUGAAAAGGGCGAAGUGAGUCCCAGUGAUAAUAGCAAGCCAGUUGGUGAUGAGGCUGACGGAGUGGCCGAAGUCGUUGGUGUGCUUGCCCUGGAUGGAACGCCUGCAACGAAUGAUGCGGGUGAACGCGGCGAAGCGUCGGCAGAGGGUACCAAGGAAGGACAUCGAAAUUUUCAACAGGAUGAAAUGAAGGCGCAGAAGGGAACGAACAAAGGUGCACACAGAAGCGAUGUCAUGAGGGAAGACAAAAGGGAGGAUGAUCACAUCGCCAAAAAGGCGGAGGAAGAAAGGAAACCAAGCCAAACACAAACGAACUCCCCAAGCAUAAAAAAAACGGACGGGAAGGAGAAAAAAGAAUUCGCAAAGGCAACUCAAAAUAGCUACGAAGGAAAGAAAUACGUAGCGCCCUACAAAUCCAAGAUGAGUUACGGAAACAGUAAUAAUAAUCAAAUAAUAAAUGACCGAGGUACCUCGAGCAAAUACCAAGGAGCGAGAUUCGUUUAUUUGAAGGACGAAAGCUAUGCGUCCCAAUCGAGUUUAAAAAAGAAAUACAAUAGUAAAAGGAACUACAUGUAUGAGGAGAAUUACAACAACGCCAGUUCCUACGCGCAUGCAAAUAGUGGAAACGGAGACUACGCAAGGAAGACUUAUGCCGGGAAAAACAAGUAUGCCGGACCCCCUUCAGGCGCGAAUGUCCCCUCGAACGUCGGCUCCAGUACAAACAACAACUACCCUAACAAUAGCUACAGCAACAGUAAUAGCCACACCGGAAUGGGCAAUUACAGCAGAAACCACCACCACACAUAUAAUGACAGUGAGAGGAACGGCCCAGACAAAUCACACAAUGACGAGCACACUCAUGACAAGAACUACAACCAUGGUAGAGGUUUCCUCAGGGAAAACAAAACCCCAACAGAGAGGGAAAAAAACGAAUACAAGUACAGGUCCUCCAGGAAGUAUUUAAACAGUAGCAGCAGCAACACAGUCGGAUUGAAGAAAAAGAACGAAACAAAGAGUGAAGUAAAGAGUGAAGUAAAGAGCGAAAUAAAGAGCGAAAUAAAGAGCGAAAUAAAGAGCCACACGGGUGCACAAUAUCAUGGAGAGGAAGAAACUGCGAAGAAGAAGAAAGAGAAAUAUGUCAGUAAGGAAAACGCUGCAGAUAAAUCACCCAGACAUGUGCCCUCAGGAAAAGGAGUCACUGAUGAGAAGGACGCUGACGCCAAAUACGGAAGCAGCAAUGAUGAACAUGCGAAGGAAAACGAUAUAGGAAGAGGAAGCUAUAAAAAGAAAAAAAAAGGGAGCAGUAUGAGGACCUAUGACCACACAGAUAGUUACAGAGAUAAAGGAAAGCAGGACCACGCCCAUGACACAUUCUAUUAUGAAAAUGAAAAAAACGAAAGAAGGUGGGAUGAUAAUAAUAGGUAUUACAAAGAGAGUAAGAAGGAGAGGGAGAAAUAUGUGCCAAAUGGGAAGAAUGUCAAACAAGGGAAAUACGGAAGUGACACGAAGUAUGGAAAGAGCUACGUUGGUAAGGGAACGGACAAGAGAAGCCGAGCUCAGGAUGGCAGUAACGAUAUGAGCGAGGUGGUAGAUCUGGUCAACUCGAACGUCAUCAGUACAAGGGGUGUUGCAAAUCCGAGAAGUGACGGUGGCACUGCUCGUGAGGAUAAACAGCUGGUGUCUAACCAGGACGCGGGCAGAAUCAAGGCCCCCAAGGGGAAGGAACAAAACAACGGUGGAAAGGUCCAGGAUCAUAGAAGGGGUUAUCAGGAGGGUAAGGACAACGAAAUUAACCAUGGUGAUGUGCAUGGUAAUGUGCAUGGUGACGUGCAUGGUGACGCGCAUGGUGACGCGCAUGGUGACGCGCAUGGCAAGGGAAACAGUAAGGUCGUCCACGAUAGUGACGAGGCGAACUGCCCCGAGACGAACAGCUGCGAGCCGAAGCACGCGGAACCCAAUCACAAAUGCGAAAGAACGGAGGAGAACCCUUCGAACCAUGAGAAGGACGAAAACAAGCCUGAGUCCAGCAUAGACGGAAAGGUAAACAUAACAGCUACUCCAUCCCUCGAUAAGAACAAAAAGGCGAAUAACAAUUAUAUGCCUUAUGGAAAUGCAUUCCCCAAAAAAAAAAACAGAAAUCAACAAAAUUAUGAUACGAAUAAUGAAUACAAUAGCAAUAAUGUGAAUAAGAAGAACGACUCGAAUAAUGCAUUCACGAAGCAAUACGCUCACAAGGGAACAUAUACAAAUAUGAAAAGGAAAAAAAAAGAAGAUUUUGUUAAUAACGCAACUCAACAUAGAGGAGUGACUUCAACAGGAGGGGGAAAUGAAUUCUCCAAUGGGAAAGCCUUUAAUUAUAAAAAGUGUCAUGACGAGCAUAGCAGUACCAAUAUGGGUAGUAACACGCAGGUACCAUUUGGAGAUGGCAGGAAGAAUGCCACAGGUCCGCUUGACGUGAACAAGAAGUUUCAGCCAAAUGAAAAACGCUACGAUGGAUAUACAAAUGGGGAGAAACCCUAUGAUGGUUUCUACCCUCCCGGUGGCGCCAACUACAUGGGAGACAACCCCGCCUUCUUUGGCGACAACCGCUACAUGAACCACCCCAUGAACGAUCACUACAUGGGCGGCAGCUACAUGACCAACGGAUACAUGGCGAACCAGAAUUACCUAAGCGACCCCAACUACAUGGCGAACCAAAACUACAUUAAUGACCCCAACUACAUGAACGAUCCAAACUACGUGCGAAACAGGAACUGCCUUAGCACCCAGAAUUGCCCAAACUAUAUGAAUGACCCGAACUACAUGAACGACCCGAGUUACAUAAGCGACCCGAGCUACAUGAACGAUCCCAACUACGUGAGCAACCCCAAUUACGUGAGCGACCCCAAUUACGUGAGCGACCCCAAUUAUGUUACCGACCCCAACUACCUUAACAGCCCCAACUGUAUGAACAACCCUAAUUGCAUGAACAACAACCCUAGUUUUGUAAACAACCCUAACUAUAUGAACAGCCCCAACUAUAUGAACCCCCCUAAUUAUAUGAAUGACGGAUAUGUCCAUGAUGUGUACAUGAAUAACACCUAUAUGAAUGGGGGAAGCACCUAUUACUAUGACCCCAUGUAUGGGAACUACCCCAACGAAAAUGAUCACCACUACUACAACGAAGGUAAUAAGUACAUUAAGCAGUAG